GCUCGCUCUCUCUUUAACUAUUUCUAUUCCACAACAGUAAUCGCUCCGAGGUUGUUCGGCUGCCACUGAAAGAUCCGAGUGUUCUCAAGAUGACCGGCACUCCGACAGUUCAUCCUGACCCCAAUUUCAACGACGAAGAAGACGCUGCAGCCCUAAAACAGGCAUUUAAAGGAUUCGGGUCAGACGAAGAUGCAAUUAUCCAGAUCAUCACGAACAGAAGUAACGAGCAACGCCAGCAAAUCGCUGCCAGGUUCAAAACGAUGUACGGAAAAGACUUGAUUAAAGAGUUGAAGAGUGAACUUAGGGGGAACUUUGAAGACGUUAUCGUCGCCCUAAUGACUGAACCGAUCGAAUUCCAAGCCAAGCAGCUCCACAAGGCCAUCAGCGGGCUGGGUACCGACGAGGGUACGAUCGUGGAGAUCCUCAGCAUCCACAAUAACGACGACGUCGUCAAGAUCUCUCAGGAGUACGAAGGACUCUACCAGCAGUCUCUGGAGAAAGACAUCAAAGGCGACACGUCUGGGACGGUCAAAAGACUGCUUGUCUCCCUUUCGACGGGUCAUCGCGACGAAUCCGAGACGAUCGAUCAGGAGAAAGCCUUUCACGAUGCCCAGACGCUGUUGAGGGCCGGGGAGCUCAUCGAAGGUACCGACGAAUCGGCGUUUAAUCAAGUCCUGUGCCAAAGAAACCGGUCUCAAUUGAGGGUGAUUUUUGAAGAAUACGAAAAAAUCACCGGACAUCCCUUCGAAACAGCGAUAGAGAAUGAGUUCUCGCUCACGUCUAAAGAAUCUCUUCUGGCUUUGGUGCAUGCAAUAAGAGACAGGACGGAUUAUUUGGCGACACGUUUACAUGACAGCAUGGCAGGAAUGGGGACCGACGAUCACACCCUCAUCAGGAUAGUGGUCGCCAGAUCGGAAAUCGACUUGGCGGAUAUUAAAGAAGUUUUCCAGAAUAAAUAUGGAAAAACUUUGGCCGAGUUCAUCCAAGACGAUUGUUCCGGCGACUACAAGAAGUGUCUAUUGUCUGUAGUCGAUAGUUAGAAAAUUUGUAGAAAGUAGAGCGAUUGAAUUGUUUGGGGAUUCGAAAAUCUGGCUUUAUAUUUGUACUCAAAUGAAUCUGUUAACUAUCCAGUAUUUUUGCAGUUAUUAAAUUAUAAUUGUAACAAA